CGCGAAUUCCGCAAUUUCGUAAUUUCGUUUUUUCAAGUUCCCUCUUCGACGCCCUUCAUAAUAUCACUCCGCGCUUCUCCUUCCGAAUUUCAGUCCAAGCGAAACACAUUCUCUCUCUUCCUCUCUCUCUCUCUCUCUCUAAAACCACUUUCCAUCUUCUCUGCGACUCGUCGGAGCGGCGAUGGCCGGAGGAGGAUCGUCGAAGUCGAACGCGCCGAAGGCGAGGAAGAGAGUGGAGGUCGACGCGGCGGCGGCGGCGGCUUCUUCUUCGCUCGUCCGCGGCAAGGACGGCAGCGCUUUCGCCCGAUGUGAAGAGUGCAACAAGGAUGUGCCAGUGGCGCUCAUUAGCAUGCACAGUUGCGGCCUUGAUGCCAAAAUUAAGAUGAAUUUGGAGGCUCAAGUCAUGGAAAGACCUGCUGAGGCGAAGAAGAAACCAGCAGUGGAUAGAAAGAGGUCAUCAGAACCCAAGGCUAAGAAAGCUAAAACAGAAAAGAAGUCUAAGAAGGGCAAGGAUGCAAAUGCGCCUAAGCGCCCUGCCACGGCAUUCUUUGUCUUCAUGGAUGAUUUCAGAAAGGCUUACAAGGAAGCGAACCCAGAUUCUAAGGGUGUUAAGGAGGUUGCAAAACAGGGUGGUGAGAAAUGGAAGUCAAUGUCGGAUGAAGAGAAAAAACCUUACUUGGACAAAGCUUCUGAGCUCAAAGCAGAGUUCAAUAAGGCCAUGGAGGCUCAUAAUGCUGGUGAUGGAGAAAAUGAAGAGGGUUCGGAUAAGGAGGAAGCUGCGGAUGAGGAAGCUGCAAAUGAGGAAACUGCAGGUGAGGAAGCUGCAAAUGAGAAGCUGCAGAUGAGGAAACUGCAGGCGAGGAAGCUGCAAAUGAGGCAAAUGAGGAAAAUGAGGAAGUUUUAGAGGAUGAGUAGUCAAUGCUUUGAUAAUUUUUCAUGUUAAUGUAGGAUGGUUUUAGUGUCUGGCUUCUAGUUGUUGUAAAUGGAAGCUCUAGCCAGUGCUCUUUUUGGGAAACCAUUGAUUUCUUUACCAAAGUUUCUCUCCAAGUGAGCAGUGCCUUAAA